AUGAGAUUCUCCAACAUCUUUGCUUUUGGCUCCAUCUUCGCCUCCGCCCUGGCGGCCCCCGCCAUCCUGGGCGAUGCCGAGAACACCGUCUCCAAGGCCGGCGGCCUCGUCGGCGCCGAGGUCCCCAAGGUUCCCGAGGUUCCCAAGGUCCCCGUCGUCAACGACAUCCUCAGCACCCGCGCCGAGCAGGUCGUCAUCACCAAGAUGAAGACCGUCGUCGUCGACUGCAAGAAGCACACCUCCGUCAUCAACUCCACCGUCGAGGAGGUCUCCACCUGCAACUCUUGCGCCACCGCCAAGAAGGCCGACAUCAUCAAGACCGUCAAGAGCGAGGUCACCAUCAUCAUCAACCUCAUCACCACCCUCAUCAGCGAGGUCACCGACCUCCUUGAGGACACCGUCGAGAUCGUCGAGGAGGACAAGCAGCAGAUCAUUGGCCUCGUCCUCGAGCUCGUCUUCGAGAUCAUCUACACUCUCCAGCACGUCGUCAAGGUCCUCUCCAUCUCCAUCUUCGAGCUCCUCGGACCCCUUGUCUUCGCCCUCCUCUCCGUCAUCGUCCACCUCCUUACCACCCUCAACGUCAUCGUCGAGAACCUCCUCCAGAUCGUCUUCGCUACCCUCGGCGGUGUCAUCAACCUUCUCACCGAGGUCCUCUCCGGCCUCCUCCCCACCGUUCUCGGCCUUGUCGGUGGUGUUCUUGACAAGCUCAACCUCGGCGGCCUCAUCUGCGGUCUCCUUAACUAA